AGAAAUGCUACACACGCGCUAUUGUAUGGCACGUAUUUAGAGAGUGUUCACGAGGUUUAUCAUUACCAAGAAUGGCUUCGUAAGAAUUUCAUUAAUAGUUAAUAAAAAUGUGUGUUUUUACUAUGGAAUCUUCUAAAUUAAUUGUCAAUGAUAAGUUGGAUAUUGAGCUUGUAAACUUUUCAAACCAUAUCAACUGUCAAAUUGGAAUAAAGCCAAGAAGAUUAUCACCUAACAUUCUAUCAUAUGGAAAAAUAAAUUUAAUGAAAAUAUCGGAAAGUCAUGUUAAUUGAUUAGUUAGUAGUUCAUCGUAUGAAAAUGACUCGUUCCACGAUACUAUCAUGUUUAUAAUUUCCUUUCACUAUCAGCAUAUUUUUUCAUCAGGCUUGAAAUUUGUUUUCACUUUUAACUAUCUUUCAAUCCAGAAUGGCUUCAUUGGUUCUAUAUGUAACGUAUUUUUGUGUUUUUCUUUAAUUUUUAAUCUAUGUGUGAGAAGAAAUUAUUGAUAAAAUAUCGAAGAAUACUUUAGAAUAAAAUAAUAAAAAACUGUAUAGAAUAAAUUUUGGAAAAUUGAAUAAUAUAUAAGAAAAAUGGAGAAAUCACCAAGGAGAUCAAGAUCUUUAAAUUUCGAAAUAUCCGAUUUAUUCCUCGGAUCAUCUUACCCACCAACAUUUAAUUUGAUUUCUAAUUCAAAAAUGUAUUCAAGUCACGAUUCAGGACUAUUUAAAUUGCCUUUUUCUAAAACUCAAAAAUUAAACCAUUCAGUAAGCAUGGAUGACACUGUGGAUAGUAUUAGUGAUACCAAAAAAAAUAUUGUACAGAGUAUGACAGGAAUGUUUGGGUCAUUAAAAAAUUUAGUUUCCAAAAUUCCAAACUUCAUGUCAAACAUCAAUAGUCCUUUGUCAGUUACUGUUGUACCUAAUGAAGGGAUACUUUCACCAGAGGAUAUUAUUCAUAAUUUAACUGGUAGUUCAGAAAGUUUAGUAUCUGGUGAAAAUUCUUUAGGAUUAUUUGAUAGGAUGAACAAAUUACCAACAAAUUCUGCAACAUUUGGCAAUGGAGCAGCUCAAAUUUCUGAAAUGUUUACGACUAAAUAUAGACCGAACCCACCAAUUCAUAAAAAAUUCAAAAAUGAUGAUAUUUUAGUUAAAACGUGGAAUGACGAUUAUACUGAAAAUUGUUUAAAACCAGAAUACAUGAAUUUCUCGAGUUACGGAAGUCCUUUGUCAGCAGUACAAAGUAACCAGAAAAGUGCCAGUAAAGAAGAUAUAAACUUUACAAAUAUAACUGACAAUGAUAGUCCAGAAGUUGAUACCAAUCUAGUCGAUGAUCAGGAUAUAAAUAGCAAGCUUGUUGAAGACUUAGAGUUUCUAGAAAAAAUUACCUUGAGUUAUUCAUCAUCAUCAUCAUCUGACAGUGAAAGUCCUAUAAAGAACUUUUACCACUCGAAGCAAUCACAAAGACAAAAUACUUCAGGGAAAUUUCAACUUCGAUCAAGAGAACCAUCUGAAAGUUCUACAGACUCAGAAGAUAGUUUUAUAGUUUUCGAAGAGGAAUCACAAACCGAAUUGACUUGUGAUUCUGAAUCAUCGAGUGAUGGAGAUGUUGAUCAUGAUGAAAAUCAACCAUCUACGAAAUCAAAACAAUUUUUCCAACAACGUGAACCUGUAGGUAAUAAUUGUCGAUCAAGACGUUCUUCAGAAAGCUCUAUUGAUUCAGAAGGCAGUUGUGUUAUUGUAUUUAAAGACGAGCAUGAUUAUCCUGAUUUUGACUGUAAGACAUUGAAUGAUGAAGAGCCUGAUAAUAAUAAAAAAUCAGGUCGAAAGGUUCGUUUUAAUCUUCAACCAGUAGUUCAUUUAAUGUUCCACUGGAAGUCUGCGUACAAGGCAGCAAGAAUUGGACAUUGGACUACAAUUCGUGCUGAUAGAGAACGGUUUCACCACAGAAUUGAUUCUUUAAGUCAAAUUUUAAAUCCAAUUUUAACAACAGAACACCGUCAAAAUAUCUGGCAAAUUCGUUUCGCUAAUCAAGACUGAUUGGAGAUGAUUGUAAAUUGUUAUGCACGACUAAAUGUAAUAAACUUUAUUGGAAAAAGUUAUUCUAUUAAAUUCCGGACUAUUGUUGAUGUUAUAAUAUUA